GGGCAUUGCUAUUGUGGCAGCCACGUAAACUAAGGCAGCCACGAUUCCACGUCAACUAAAACCAAAACUCGGCCAAAACCAAAACUCUCCCGCCGCGACACUCCACAGAAAACCCUAGCCGCCCCGACCUCUCCCCUCUCCUUCUCCACUCUCCCGCCGCGACUACCCUCCUGCCCUAGCAGAAGCGAGUCGAGUCCCCGCGCGAAGAGAACCCCCGACCUCUCCCCCCUCCUUCUCCUCUCCUGCCGCUCUGCCGCGCGAAGAGAACCCCCCGACCUCUCCCCCUCCUCCUCUCCUGGCGCGAGCCCUAGUAGAAAUGAGUCGAGUCCCCUUUUGCCGCGCGAAGAGGCCUCUCCUGCCGCAAGCCCUAGCAGAAGCGCCUCUAAGUAGCUCUUUAUUGGGUUGGUGCCAUAGCUGGAUUUCAAUAAUAAAAUGGGAAAAACAUAUGUGGUUUUUGUUGGACGGAAUCCCGGUGUUUAUGAUAGUUGGAAAGAAACUCAUACUCAAGUUAUCAAAUAUAGCGGUGCAUUGCAUAGAUCAUAUCUCAGUAAAGAGGAAGCAUUUAGAGCUUUUAAUUCAUACAAGGAGAAACAACAUGGUUUCUUUGCCCCUACUGUCCAAAAAUGUUCAAGCUCAACUUUGGGUUCAACUUCAACUGCAUCCUCAAGUUCUAGUGAAAAAAUGAAGCAGACUGAAGAACUAGCGAAGUUGAUAAAAAGUCAGCUAGAUUUAGCUGAUGAAUAUCGUCGUAAUGCAGCUAAGAUCACCGAGAUGUGUGAAGAGAUAAAAAAAAAUGGACUCUGUUCAUAUUAGUGAUUAAUCGGUAGACUUCUUUAUUUAGUUGGAUAAAUGUAUUUUAUGUUAGACUUUUUUAUUAAGUUGGAUGAAUGUAUUUGACAGGAGACUUUUUUAUUUAGUUGAAUGAAUGUAUUUGACAGAGUUGAAUGAAUGUAUGUAUUUGACAUAAUUUCCCCGUA